UUGAAGCUGAAACUUGCAUGAUGUAAUCUGUUGCUGGAAUGUAUAGUUUGGCUUGCAUUAAUGUUCUUGUUAUAUGCACUAUAUAAUGAUCACUAUGAAAGCCUUAUUUCUGAAAUCUGCUCGCUUAAAUGUACGAGAAGAUGAAGAGUCUGACGCAGCGACGGCAGUCCGCCCCGUCUCUGGUCAUCAGCAAAGCACUGACCAGGACCAGAACCAUCUCUAGGGAGUCCUGCCUGUCCCCCAUCAGCCCAGAAGCUUGUCCACUUGUCCAGUCAUUCCUUGGGGGGUCCCGUCUGUUCAUUGCCCAUGGCCACGUCCAAAUGAAAACCGGCCUACAGACCCAAGAGCGCCACCUCUUCCUCUUCAGUGACAUCCUCCUCGUCACCAAAGCCAAGUCCUCCACACACUUUAAGCUGAAAGCUCAAGUGCAUGUGAGCGAGAUGUGGACGGCCAGCUGUAUGGAAGAGGUGUGUGAGGGUAGCACCAGCGCCGAGAGGAGCUUUGUCAUGGGCUGGCCCAUUUCCAACUGCGUGGCCACCUUCAGCUCCACAGAGCAGAAAGACAGAUGGCUGCACUUAAUUCAAAGCCAAAUCAGAGAGGAGAAGGAAAAAGAGAACCCCAAGACUGUGCCACUUAAGGUCUUCAUGAAGGAUACUGAGAGCUGCGCAUAUUCAAAGACAUUACAAAUCAGCAAUUCGGACAGUGCCACUGAGGUCAUUCGCAUGGCGCUUCAGCAGUUUGGGAUUUCGGCUAGUGUGAGGGACUACCGACUGUGGGUGAUCUCCUGUAAGGACGCCGCCCCAUACCCCCUUAUUGGUCACGAGUUCCCCUUCAGUAUCAAGAUGAGUCACAUUCGAGAGCCUCCGGGCCACAUUGCUGGGAGGGAGGCCGCUUCUCCUGUGGGCCAGCGGGGGGUGGGGCUGUUGGCGCAGUCUCCCCCCGACUCGCAGUGCCAGUUCAUCCUCAAGCCGAGCCACGCGGCAGAGGGACACACACUGAUGGAUCCCAUCAGCAAGACCUUCAAGAGGAAACGAUCUUUGCUGAACUGGGCUUUCUGGAAGGGCUCCACCGCGCAUCUGGACGGGCCGCCCGCUUCACCUACCUCGCCGCAGCCUGGAAAGCUCUUUGGCCUGCCGCUCAGCACUGUUUGUCAGGGCGACACCCUCCCGAAGCCCAUAAUGGACAUGUUGGAGGUGCUGUUCCACCACGGCCCGUACACCAGGGGAAUCUUCCGGCGCUCAGCCUCCGCCAAAGCCUGCCGGGAGCUACGGGACAAGCUGGACUCCGGCGCACAAGACAUCCAGCUGGAACAUGAGGCCAUCUUCGUAAUCGCUGCCGUCUUCAAGGAGUUUCUGCGCAACAUUCCUGGGAGCUUAUUGUGCCAAGAUCUCUACAAUCAGUGGGUUGGGGUUUUGGAUGCGGCAGGCGAGGGAGAGGAGGAGCGAGUGCAGGCCACCCAGAGGUUGGUGCAGCGGUUGCCAGGGGAGCACCAGCUCCUUCUGCGGCACGUGUUCACCGUGCUGCACUGUGUGGACCGCCACUCCGAUGGCAACCAGAUGAACGCCUUCAACCUGUCCGUGUGCAUCGCUCCCAGCAUGCUCUGGGCCCCAGUCCCCAGCAGCCCUGAGAUAGAGGGGGGGUACACCAAAAAGGUUUCUGAAGUGGUAUGUUUCCUCAUCGAGAACCAGGCCAAGGUGCUGGGAGAUGACGGCACCGCCCACUUCAGGGAAUUCCCCCAGAAGCGGGGCAGCAGUGACCAGGGAUCCGACGUGUCAUCCUUCCAGAUGAACGACUCGUCUUACGACAGCCUGGAGAACGAGCUGAAUGAUGACACAGAGUCACCGUUCCAGGACCUGCGGCGGCGUAGAGACAAGCAGGACAACUGGAGCCGUGACUCUGUGAUCACGCUGAGCGACUGCGACCUGGACCAGCCUGAUGCCAGGCCGGGCCCCGAACCGGACCUCCUGCAGCUCCCUCCACUAGCCCACUCCAGAAAGUUUAUUCCAGCCGUACGCCAGCUGCACCCCCGGCCACACCCCUAUGGGGACAUGACGGGCCAGGACCUCCUGUGUCCUCCUGGCAGUGGGAGGCGAUUGCGUCGCUCAUCUGAGCCCAACAUUCGCACCCCCCCCGCCUGCCUGCCCGGCUUCCCCCAGGAGCACUCUCCCGUGAUCCGUAAGGCAAGCUACGAUGCUGUGACGGCUGACACCAAGAAGGAGGAGGGAGAGGAAGAGGAUGAAGAGGUGUUUGUGGGGCACAUUUGCAAUCUGAACCUGGAGAGCCAGAUGGAGCCUGACAAUAUCCAGGAUGCCCAGAAGGACAGGAACCAGGACAGGAAGACCACCCAGAGCACCACAGGCCGCAAGCAUAAGCAGCCCCCCCCACUACGCCUGGAUGCCAGCUGCUCAAGCCUGUCCUCUCCUGCAACUUCACCCUCGGCAUCCUCCAUGAGCUCGCUGGACAGUGCUUUCUCACAGUACUCCACUGACUACCCUGUCUUCACUUCAAACGAGCCCUGCGGCAGCUCAGAUGGAGCGCAGGGGAGCACUUCUUACUCCCCUCCUUUCACCUCCUCCAGCACCCCCUGUCCAGCCACCAGCUCCCCAACUCCCUCUAGCCAAUUCUCAGUGACUGUCCCUGUCCUCCCCAUUGCCCAGCCCAAGGAGACAUCUGACUGGGCGCAGCACCGGACUGCUCACGGCCUGCACCCCAACACCUGGCUGAAGAGGGACAGCCGCUUGUCGCUGCUGCAGAAGGACAGGGCGAGUCAGGAGAGUGCGAAGGAGAAGGAGCCUAGCGGCACCCCUAGCACUGGACUCCUUUCCAGGUCCGCAGGUGCUUGCACUGGCCAGGAUGAGACGAAGGAUAAAAAAGAUCGAAAGAGAUCCCAAAACCACGGAGGUUUGUCCAAGCGAAGAUCUAGCUGCCCACCCACAUACCAGCAGGCUGUUCUGCAGAUCCAAAGGUUGCCCUUCUUCCAGGCCAAGGACAAGGCGCUGACUGUGACUGACCCCCAGCAGCUUCAAGGCCAGGACUCUCUGCACAGGCUCACCGUAGCAUCAGACAGCACAGGAAGUGCUGUAACCUGCAGUAACAUGGCAGCUUCAGACAGUGACUGCAGCCAGCCGCCCCAUGCAGUGUUUUUCGGACAGAGCCAGUCCUGUGUGACCCUGCGCAAAUGGCCCGCGCACUCCCUCAGCCCGCCCUCAGCCUUCCCGCGCCGGGCAUCUGAGCCCUCUGUGGUCCUGUCCAGCAGUCAAGAGGAGCCGACUCACCGAAGCGUGUCGGACUGCAGGCUCCGGGUGUCUGCCGUGGACGUACAUGAUGACAGGGCAGGUCGGGACGAGGAGAUGAGCUUCUGCCUGUCUCCUUCUGCCACCAGGGCAGUAGAGAAGUACUUUUCUGCACACACUGACCCAGAAGUGUGUCUGAGUCGCAGCCAAGAAGUGGCUUGGGCUAUCGUCCAGGGCAAACGAGAGUGGCAGAGUAGGAGGUGCAGUGACCCCAAGUUUGAUGACUUUGACCAAAUGUUGUUUGCUGAGGAAUCUUAUGUGUGAAAAAGAGACUCUUUUUAUAUUUUUAGUGUUAUUGUGAAGCUAUGGUGAAGUUAUAGUUGAAAUUCCCUUAUUUGUAUACUUGGGAUCAGGUUUUAUCUGUUGUGUAUUGCUGCCGAUCACCCCCAAAGUGUUUGUAUACUUGCCCACGCAAACACGUCAUUGCAAAUCAUCUGACAUCCAGCUGCUGCUAAAGGCCCGUGUUUGAGGUAUGAGGCUUCGGGGGCUGUGGGCCUCUGAGAUUCGACUCUCUCAUGCCAAGCAGGGGGGUGUUUUUCAUUGUUUCCUUCCUGUUUUGUGACCGGUGAGGACAGGAGGAACCACUUCUUCUCCCCAUUUCUGAGCUCUGUAGUUUCUGAAAUGCGAUGCACAAACACACAUGCAUGCAGGAUGUCUGCCUCGGUCUGUUAUGUAGCAAUAUGGACGUAGAAUAGUGGAGUAUAAAUGUAGGGGACAUAAUGCAUCUAGGCUUACAAAAUUAUCUAGUCUGCCUAUCUUUAAAAAGUAUAAAAUGUAAAAUGUGCAUCUUUAGAACAUAAAAUACCAUUAUAUAUAACUUCAUAUAUAUAUAUAUAUAUAUAUAUAUAUAUAUAUAUAUAUAUAUAUAUAUAUAUAUAUAUAUAUAUAUAUAUAGUGGGGACAACACUGGAUGUGCAGAGCACAUGAAAGAUGUUGUCUAAUGUACAGGUCGUCUGUCGUAGAUCCUGCCUUCAGAACACGCAGUGUGGGAGUGCUGGUCAGUCUUCAGCAGAAGUUUACUGACGCGUCCUCGUGGCUUCUUUAAGUAAUCAAUGAAGGUGUGUGUGAAACGAGGUCAUGUUUGUGCAUAUAUCAUACGUGUGUGUAUGUGGGUGAGAGAGAGCGAGAGAGAGAAAGAGCGAGAACGAGCUCAUAUUGAUCUGGGCUAAUACAGUCCAGUACCAGGAAGGAAUGUGGGAAUGUUUGUCCUGCCGAAAGUUGAAAUAUUUCAUAACAUUUAAUUCUGCUCUACUUUUAAAUCCGGUGCUGCUUUUGAAUAUAGGAAUCUCAGUGUGAGCGUGAGUGUGUGUGUGUGUGUGUAUAUGUGCGGUGUUUAAAGCUCUAGAUGUCAGCGUGUUUGUACAGCCAAUUUUUUCUCGUAAUUUUAUUUUUCCCAAAGUUCUUUUAACAAAUUAUAUUGCUGCCAAUAAUGCACACUUGUAUGAUUUUUGAUAUACGUUAUUGCAGAAAGCAUUCUAUAUAUUAAAUAUAUUCUAUAUUUUCAUUAUUUCCAUUCAUUUUGUUGGAUGUGUAUAGUUGUGUAUUUGUCUGUAUGAUGCUUCAGUGCAAAAUGCAGUCAUUGUAGGAGCUGAAGGAACCUGAAGGUGUAUUUUUGUAUCGGCGAUCCUACUGCUGCUGCCCCAUUUUGGGUGUAUUUACGAUAAAAUCGCCUCAUUUGGUUAUUGUGUUAAUCUGAUGUGUAAUGCACACAUGAAAGGAAUUACAACAAUUAUAAUAAAGCAUCACACUCCUAAUGAAACAUUACACUGAUGCAGUUGCAUCCUCAUUUCCCUGUGCUCUAUGUGGGUGGGUGCGUGUAUGUGUGGUGGAGAAGUUAUUCCUUCCCAGUGCUCCCAGUGCUAGAACCCAGUUCUGGAAAGCUGACUUCUGGUAUGUCAUUCAAUACACAGUCAAAUGUUUGAGAAAUACAUGCCAGUCUCGAGGGAACAAUACUGUCUGUAUGAUAUUAAAUUAACUUACUUCUGGUGCAAUGUUUGAAUUCAGUUAGGCUAAGACUGUUGGUUAAUCCCUGGGGGGGGUAUAUUUCUCCUGGACCAGGUUAGCCAGGUCAGUACUGUUAGUGGAAGCCUCCUCUAAGAGAGAGACCAGAUGCCGAAUCGUACCGUCUCCCUCGCACAUGGUCACGAUGUUAUUCCAAAGGUCAACAUCGCUGUCCAAAAAUAAUUCAUUGACAUGCCGCUUGUGUUGCUGUGUUUGAGGUGGGCCGUAAUAUCCAGACAACAGCAUCUGCUGUUCGCAAGCCUGGAAGACCUAGUCCAAACGCAUGCAAUUGCAUAAUGGAAAUAAAGCUAUUAAACCCACAUGGUUUGGCGUGGCUGACUGUCCAGAAAAGUUUUCCAAGGAUAACAUCUGGCAAGAAGUCUGCACGUGUAUGUCAUACACUAGUUAUAUAAACUAUAUAUGUGUGUUAUGUAAUAAAUGUAUAUAUUCUAAAAUUUAAA